AUGGAGGACCGUCUACAUGCUGUUAAAAUGGUAGCACGUUCGAAAGACGUGAAUAUAGAUUACACUUCUACGACCACAAGGAAAGCGCGUAAACGAAAACGAUCCAGCCAGAUAGGCGACAAAACAGGCGAAAGCGGCCCCCCUGACAAGCUAAGGCAUAUCAGAGACUCUGAUAAGGAACGACCAAAAGAAGGUCAAGCUCUCAUCCAUUCUACUGUCAUGGUUGAAUAUCAGGAAAAGGAUGGAGAAACCCUCAUAUAUCUUGGUUGGUUGGUAGGAACAAUAAAGAGCUACAAUAAGAGGAAAGGUUAUUUAAUUGAAUUUAAAAAUCAGAAAGAUAGGUUAGGCAGGGACACUGGAGACUGGACAGACUGGAUUCCAUCUGUAAAUAGUCCAGAUGUAAAAAUACAGUAAUCAUAGCAUAUAAAUAUUGCAUAUUAAUUGACAGUUAGAAUUAUUGCCAAUGUUAUAGCAACUUUGACUAUAAGUUUGUAAGUAGUUUACUUAAAUUUUAUAGUAUUUAGAUUGAGAAUAGAAUAUUAUUAUCAUUAUUUUUAUUAUUAUUAUUGCUUGUUUUAUUAGGCGGUGCUCACUGUCUGCGCAUCGUUAUUGCGCAUAUUAUUUUCACUUGGGAAAAUGUUGUAAAUUGUCGGGAAAUGCUUCAUGUGUCAUAG